CGGCGGGCUCCUCCCCCCACCCGCUCCUCCGGCCCUCGAUUGGCGCAGCGGGCCGUCAGUCGGAGCGCGACGGGCGGCGAUUGGCCAAGGGGCGCGGCGGGGCGGGAGGAGGAGGCGGAGGCGGAAGCGCGGGUCCCCGGAUGUGUCCCCUCGCCAUGGAUGACCUGAACCUGCACUACAGGUUCCUCAACUGGCGCCGCCGCAUCCGCGAGAUCCGGGAGGUGCGCGCCGUGCGCUACCAGGAGCGCGCCAAGCACAUCCUGGUGGACGGAGACACCCUCAGCUACCACGGGGACUCCGGCGAGGUCGGCUGCUACGUGGCCCCGCGGCCCCUCACCAGGGACAACAACUACUUCGAGGUGUCCAUCGUGGACAGCGGGGUGCGGGGCACCAUCGCCGUCGGCCUCGUCCCCCAGUAUUACAGCCUGGACCACCAGCCCGGCUGGCUACCCGACUCGGUGGCCUACCAUGCCGAUGACGGCAAGCUGUACAGCGGCCGGGCCAAGGGCCGGCAAUUCGGCACCAAGUGCAGCUCCGGCGACCGCAUCGGCUGCGGCAUCGAGCUGGGCUCCUUCGAGGUGCAGACGGCGCAGGUUUUCUUCACCAAGAACGGCAAGCGGGUGGGUUCCACGGUCAUGCCGCUGUCCCCCGAGGGGCUGUUCCCCGCCGUGGGGAUGCACUCGCUGGGGGAGGAGGUGCGGCUCCAUCUCCGCGCCGAGCUGGGCACCGAGGAGGACGACAGCGCCAUGAUGGUGGACAGCCACGAGGAGGAGUGGGGGCGGCUGCACGACGUCCGCGUCUGCGGCACGCUGCUGGAGUACGUGGGGAAGGGGAAGAGCAUCGUGGACGUGGGGCUGGCGCAGGCGCGGCGCCCCCUCAGCACCCGCAGCCAUUACUUCGAGCUGGAGAUCGUGGACCCGGGGGAGAAAUGCUACAUCGCCCUGGGGCUGGCGCGCAAGGAUUACCCCAAAAACCGCCAUCCCGGCUGGAGCAGGGGCUCGGUGGCGUAUCAUGCGGGUGAGCCCCCCCCCCCGAAACGUGGGGAACCCCCCCCCCGAAACGUGGGGACCCCCCCCCCGAAAC